GCCGACGGCAGUGGAUACACGAAAUGGACGAUAAUAUUUCAAAAGGUAGCGUAAAUUGCUCUCCUCUUCCGCUCUCCGCUCUGCGACUCCUGGUCCCACCAGUUCGACUGGUCUCAGCAGCGAUGUGGCAGACCGUACAGCGGAAAGUUGUGGCUGAUUAUGGGAUACUUGAGGAGUUUGUAUCCAUGGUUACAGACAUUGUUCCAGAGCUACUCACCACUCACCAGAGGGCCCAACUCAUGCUGGGCCUGAGAGCGCGGCUAAUUUUGGAGUUAUGUCAGUUUGAAGCGUCUGUUGACUUGCAGCUUGUUCAGCCACACUUGGACAGAGUGCAAAUGCUCGUUGACGCAUGGGUAAUGCAGGCUGGUGCUGCUAAUAUGGAAGUGCGCCACUCAGAAUUUGUGGAUCUAGUUAAAAAGUUGCUGAAACAUCCGGACGAAAGGGAACACUUCUUUCAGAAAGUUUUCCCUGAAGAGUUCGGUUCCACAUAUGAUGGCGCACUUCACACCUUAAUGUGGAUGUUUCUGUCCAGACUUGACCAGUUUCUUCCUCUUCAAACAUUCCAACAAGUUGCCUCCAUGUUUGGUGAGGCGUCCUCACUUCUGGAGGAAUGUAUGGACUCUGUGUGUCAGUGUGAGGAGCUCAAAACCCUGCUGCAGUAUCAAAAAGACCUCAGCCAACUGGAACACAAUGAUGGUUCCUUGGAUGGUGCCUGCAUCAUUUCAGCUCUUAAACUCCCUUCUAUAGAAAGAACAUCUCAUACAACACAGGUAAAAAUAAACACAACCAGAGACUAUCAGACAAGUGAGAUACAGGAAGAUGAAACUAAACAGACUUCUGGUGAAAAUGAGGCGCUUUUGGGAGACGUUACAAGACAGGAAGAAAAUGUUAUCCGUCUUCAGAGUCAAGCGGAGGAUGCUACUCUAAAACAGUGCAGUGUUCGGCUAAAAAGACUGGACACGCUGCUGCCUUUGCAGUCUCGACCUGUGAGACAAAACAGAGGCCUGAAGUUGAAAAAGAUUCUUUUGGAAGAGAAAAGAGGACUUUGCAAAGAGGCUGACAAAUCAGCUUCUAGGCAAACAAAACCGUCAAAGAGGGUACUUUUACACGUCUCUGAAAAAGAUUCAGGCGGCUUCAGCAAAGAGGACUCCUCUUAUUUGGCUCCCAUUGAUCAGUGCAGUGAAGACGACUCAUGGUCUUACUACUCAGAGGACUCUUGCCGCAGGACUCCAAAUAGUAGUCCCAGCGUGGCGGAUUCAUGGUCCAACUACUCAGGUGAUGGGUCUUCCUUUGUGACUCCUGUCAAUAGUUCUGCUGAAGCAGAUUCGCUGUCUAGCUGCUCAAAUGAGGACCCUACCUUCAUGGGUCCUAAAAAUGCAUCAGCUCCCAAAAGAAGGCAAGGCAUCUCUGACAAGAAAGCCAGCACUCCAAAAAAGAAGCGAAAAGCGCAGUGUUGUAUCUGCAAGCAGCAUGUCGAUACGACCCUUAGAACUCACAUGAAAACCCACUUUCCCACUGGUGACUACGCCUGCCCUCGAUGCGACAGCAGGUUUAAACUCUUCUCAUCUUUGAAGCUGCACUUGAACAGAACCUGCUAUGAGUACGGCCGGCAACAGGUAAAUCCACUCAAGACGGACGAAGCUGAGAAUCCUUACAAAUGUGACGGAUGUGAAGAGGCAUUCAGGUACAGAGUUUCCCUUGAAAGGCACAAACUGACUCACAAUAAACUCUACUGCAGUGUGUGUAGGAAGGUGUUACGGGAUGCAGCAACGUUGGCAAGGCACAAGGCCUCCCAUACCCUGUUUCAGUGCAACCGCUGUGACAUGACCUUCACUGUUUUUAAGCCCUUGCUCAGGCAUUGCCAAAACAUCCAUAAAAUCAGCAGACCAUUUAAAUGCAACUAUUGUCCGAAAGUCGUAUCCAAGCUUCGCAUUUUAAUAGCGCACGAGUGGAAACAUACGGGUCAUCUACCUUUCCAGUGCGCGCAGUGCGGCUUGAGAUUCAAAACCGAUGGAGAUCUCAGUUCCCACGAAAGAGUCCACACAAGAGACAAACCCUACCUGUGCGCAGAGUGCGGCAAGACUUUCUCCCAGAAGUCCAACCUGCUGCGCCACUUGAAUUUCAUCCACAGCGAGUCUAGAAAUGAGAAGAAGUACACUUGCACCGAGUGUGAGAAAUCCUUCAAAGAGAAAGGAGCCCUGAAGAAACACCAAAGGACCAAACACUUGAAUGAAUUGUUCCGGCAUCCGUGCCCAUACUGUGGAAAGAUGGUCUCCGCGUCAACCAUGGCGAGACAUAAAUUGAUCCACACAGGAGAGAAACCUUUCAAAUGCUCUGUGCCUGAUUGUGACAAGUACUUCAGGUCGACUUCUGAAGUGAAGAAGCAUGUCCUCAUGCACCAUUCUACAGAGAGGCCAUAUAAAUGUGACGUCUGUGGGAAGGGCUUUGUGAAAAUGUGUUAUCUCAACGCACACGCUAAAAUUCACUCAGGAGAGAAGCCAUUUGUUUGCCACAUCUGCGGCAAAGCUUUCCUCAAGCACUACGGCAUGCAAAGACACAAAAAACUCAUUCAUACAUUUGAAACGCAUUAACGCUGCAUGGUAGGAGCUAGGCAUGGGACGUCAGUAUUUGUUCAACAUAGACAACAAUUGCCACCCAUGUGAACAUUCCUUUUCCAAUUAUUUUUACUAUUUAAAAUCAGUCAAAUCUUAAUACAUUGUAGAUUUGCAUACAUUAUAUGGCUUUGCUUAGUGCCUUCUUGUCCCGCUGCUUUCUAUCUGCUUAUCAUUUGACACUUCUAGAUUAUUGCUGAGGGAGUGCCAGCUCUGUGGCAGGGUUUGUGACAGUUCAUCCACACACACACGAAGAUAGGGCUAACUUUUAGCAUCUCACAGCUAAUGUUACCAAAUGAUUUCUAAAUUGAUGCGCUUGGUGCCUUUAUUGCUUCAUAUUCUCCUCCCAUCCCUUGCUUCAUGGAUCUCUGAACGCAUGCAUUAUAUUAUAUUAAUGCCUGUAUUGUGUAGAAAGAAAUCAGAAACACAUCACAGAUUAUAAAUUAUUUAUUUAUAUGGUAUAAGUGCCACAGAAUAAUUUGAGUGUUGAAAAAACU